AUGGACUCCGUUUGCCCUAUUGGCUUUCACUGUGCCACUGAAAUCUCUGCUCUUCUUACUCCUCCUUCACCUCUUCAAGUUCAGGUUUAUAUGCAGACAUGGACUUCAAAGAGUUAUGCAAAUAUGGUGCCUGUUGACUGUGAUGAGCACAAGAGUUUGUGCAGCAAAUAUGGAGUCUCUGGGUACCCAACAAUUCAGUGGUUUCCAAAAGGAUCUCUUGAACCCAAAAAGUAUGAAGGGCCACGCACUGCUGAUUCACUUGCUGAGUUUGUAAAUACGGAAGGAGGAACAAAUGUGAAGAUUGCUACAGCUCCUUCCAAUGUAGUGGUGCUUACAUCUGAAAAUUUUAAUGAGGUUGUCUUAGAUGAAACCAAAGAUGUCUUGGUUGAGUUUUAUGCACCCUGGUGUGGACAUUGCAAAAGUCUUGCUCCUACUUACGAGAAAGUUGUCACAGCAUUUAAAUUGGAGGAAGAUGUAGUAAUUGCAAACCUGGAUGCUGAUAAAUAUAAGGAUCUGGCUGAAAAGUAUGAUGUGAGUGGAUUUCCUACCUUGAAGUUCUUCCCAAAGGGCAACAAAGCUGGUGAAGAGUACGGAGGUGGAAGAGACUUGGAUGACUUUGUGGCUUUUAUCAAUGAGAAAUCUGGAACAAGUCGAGAUGUAAAAGGACAACUUACUUCCCAAGCUGGUAUAGUAGAAAGCUUGGAUGUCUUGGUUAAGGAGUUUGUAGCUGCCAGCGAUGAAGAGAAGAAAUCCAUGUUUACCCGAAUGGAAGAGGAAGUUGAGAAGCUGAAGGGUUCUGCCUCAAGGCACGGGAAGAUUUACUUGAAAGCUGCCAAGAAUUACUUGGAAAAAGGUUCUGAUUAUGCUAAGAACGAAAUCCAGCGCCUACAGCGCAUACUUGACAAGUCCAUUAGUCCUGCGAAGGCCGACGAGUUAACUCUAAAGAAAAAUAUCUUGUCGACAUAUGCUGCUUGACUUUUUGGUGCAUCAUUAACCAUCUCUCAUGGAAGCUCGUGAUCAAUCGCAGCUCCUGAUGAUUGUUUGACUUUGAUAUCGAAA